AUGGGCUCGGACAAUAGUGAUUCGAUCGGCGAGAUCGCAGCUCGAAGGUAUAGAAUAGCCAACAAAGGCGAAUACGUAUCGUCAAUCGAAGAAUUUCCGUACCAAGUAGCGAUCAUCGUUAAUAAUCAUUAUCAAUGCGGUGGUGCUUUGAUUUCUGAUCAACAUGUCCUCACUGCUGCACAUUGCGUCAAAAACGUUCUCAAAAAUCCUGUCAGCUACGUUGAGAUUCGAGCUGGCUCGACUAACUGGAAACGCGGAUAUACAAAGUUCCAUGUUCGCAGAGUAGCCCACUCAUUGGACUUCGAUAAAAAUAGUCUAGUAGGCGAUGUUGCAGUUAUUCAACUUAAGGAACCUGUGACUUUUACUGAAAAAAUCAAGCCAAUUGCCUUACCAAAUUUAAAUUCUGACGUAGCUGGGGGAACCUUUGUUUGGAUCGCUGGAUGGGGAUCGAACAUUACUUCUCGAUUCGUGACAAAGGAGCUGCGAGCGAUUCUCACAAAGACUGUGUCUCAUGAGUUUUGUGAAAAGAUAUGGAAUUCUCCAGUAUCUACACAUAAAAUUUGCACCUACCGACCCGAUUUCCAUGGCCCUUGUCCGGGAGACAGCGGUAGCCCAGUGGUCGAUUUAGAUAAAAAAGUAGUCUUGGGCAUAAUGUCUGGAGCAGCCAAUCCAUGCGCGAGCGGCAUUCCGGAGUCACACACCAAAGUAUCAGAUUAUCUGACGUUCAUCUUGUACGAAAUGAGUAAUGCACUGGACCGCUUUCCCGAUUUCGUACAUGAGGGUUAUCCUGGCAUAAAUUAUUUAUGAUUUAAAAAAAUUGUA